AGGGCCACGUCCGCACUCGAGGGCGAUGCGGCUGCCGGCAGGGGAGAUUCGGGGCUGCGCGCCACGUCGCCGCCCUCCGCAACCGGAAGCCUCCCCGCCCCCGCUCCGACGCUGAGGGGGAGAGAAAAGAGGAGGCGCCACCGGGCGGGUGUCGGCGGCAGAAGCGGCGCCUCCUAGUGUCUCUCAGGUCCCUCGAAGGCUGAGGAGAAAAAGCCGCCCUCUUCCCUCGCGCCGCCCGCCUUCUGACAGUUGCCAAGCGGGGCGGGGUCGGGAGAGCCGUUGCCGCCUCCCCUCUCCCCCGCCCCCUCCCUCCCUCCCCCCGGACUCGGGCACGUUUCGUUGCCUCGUCGGCGGUGACAGAAGAAGGCCGGCGGCCCCCUCGGCCCCCUCAGCGCCGGGCGGACGCAGGGGAGAGCGGGCGCCUCUCUCGCCGCCCUCCUCCGGGGACUCCGCCGCGGCCCGCUGCGGGGAUGUGCCAUCCUUUACCAUGGCGAGGAGGCUCUUCGCGGGGGCCUGGCUCAGGAAGCCCUAUUACAGCCAGGUUCGCUUCUCUUACAUGCGGAUGAAGUAUCUCUUCUUCUCCUGGCUAGGGGUAUUUAUUGGCAGCUGGAUUAUUUAUGUUCAGUAUUCAUCUUACACAGAACUUUGUAGAGGGCAUGAUUGCAAGAAAAUAAUAUGUGAUAAGUACAAGACUGGAGUUAUUGAUGGAUCAGCAUGUAGUAGCCUAUGUACAAGACAAACUCUGUAUUUUGGAAAAUGUUUGUCAACCAAGCCCAACAAUCAGAUGUAUUUAGGAGCCUGGGGCAAUCUACAAGGUGUAAUAAAAUGCCAAAUGGAAGAAAUUGCUCACAUUGAUCUCAGAACUGAACUAGAACCGAGAAAGAAAACUAUUCUGUUUGAUAAACCAACUAGAGGAACUACAGUUCAGAAAUUCAAGGAGAUGGUCUAUGGACUCUUUAAAGCAAAACUAGGAGAGCAGGGGAAUCUUCCUGAGCUGGUUAAUCUCAUAUUGUCUGUUGCUGAUGGGAACAAAGAUGGCCGAGUUUCCUUGCCAGAAGCAAAGUCAGCUUGGGCGCUUCUCCAGCUGAAUGAAUUUCUGCUCAUGGUAAUUCUCCAGGAUAAAGAACAUACUCCCAAACUGCUAGGUUUUUGUGGAGAUCUAUAUGUGAUGGAAAAAGUUGAAUAUACCUCUCUUUUUGGAAUAAGCCUUCCGUGGAUCAUAGAACUUUUCAUUCCCUCUGGAUUCAGAAGAAGCAUAGAUCAGUGGUUUACUCCAUCGUGGCCUAGAAAGGCAAAAAUAGCCAUAGGGCUUCUAGAAUUUGUGGAAGACAUUUUCCAUGGACCUUAUGGGAAUUUCCUUAUGUGCGACACGAGUGCCAAAAACCUGGGUUACAAUGAUAAAUAUGACUUAAAAAUGGUGGACAUGAGAAAAAUAGUGCCAGAAAUUAACCUGAAAGAACUAAUUAAAGAUCGUCACUGUGAGUCUGACCUGGAUUGUGUGUAUGGAUCGGACUGCAGAACUGUAUGUGACCAAAGUAAAAUGAAAUGUACCACAGAAAUAAUUCAGCCAAAUUUGGCAAAGGUGUGCCACUUGCUCAAAGAUUACCUGCUUCGUGGGGCUCCUCUGGAAAUACAUGAAGAGUUAGAGAAACAGCUGUACUCAUGCAUUGCCCUGAAAGUUUCAGCAAACCAGAUGGAGAUGGAACAUUCCUUGAUACUCAACAACCUGAAAACUCUACUGUGGAAGAAAAUAUCUCAUACAAAUGAUUCUUAGUUUCUUUGUCUCGGAAGAACAUUGUUGCUGCUGUAGGAGCUGACUACUUUUUUUCAAACACAGCUUCAACGUUGAAAAAAAUCUUUAUUUAGCCUCCUCUCUCAUCAAUGCUCCUUCAAACACAGCCACCACAGUGAUUUUUUUUCCAGUUGGAAAAUGUAUGUUCUCUAAAUAUCUGCCUGGCAGAGACUACUGAAGCCAUAUGGCUAUAACACUCCCAUUAGGGAAAGAAUACAGGUUACACAUUCUCCUCUUGCCCUUAUUCACAUUUAAGAUAAUUUUAGAAGAGCAGAAUCAAGAUCCUUUUUUCUUUUUUUAGCAAAACUUGCCUGUUGAAAAAAUUCACAUGGUACAAUUCUAGAUGGCUUGUCCUACUUCUGAAUACAAAUCACGUUCAAGUACUUAGGCACUUCAGAUACUCCCUGCAUGUGAAAAUGUGGCUUGUCAAAGAAAGGGUUGUAAAGUAACCUUCAACCUGAGAUGCUAGCUAUUUGCAUCCUGAGAGGUUUUUGAAGCAGAGUUCUGAAGAAUCCCACAAGCCCAAAGAAGGCUGCAGCCCUUAAACAGUGUUGUAAGUUACUCUUUUUCUUGCUGCUCCCUACCCCUUCUUCUCUUGUCACUCCCCCAAAUUACAAAAUGGGUUGUAGUGCUUUUAAUUUUUCCUUUGAGGGCUUUUUGAAAAGUGAAAGUAACUUUACAAACAUUGGCCACAAGACCCACCACUACUAGAAAUUAACGUGGUAGAAUCCAAGCUACUGUUUAUAAAUGAAAAUAAUAUUUUUGAGAUUGUUUACUAAUUUUAGCAUGGCAGAAUUUGCACAUUAGUGAUUUUUAAGAAAGAAACUCAGCGUGACAAUUGAACAUGUUUUAACUGGAGGUUUUUGAAACCAGAACUUUUUGUUACAUUUAUACAUUUGUAUACACAUUUACCUCAUGCGUACAUUGAAUGUUACUAAGUUGUUGAAACUUCCUAGUUAAAAGUAGGUGUUUUCCCAUGCUAGCAGUUGAUUUUAAGCACCCACACAUCUUGUAGUAGCAAUAUUUAAUGACACUAAACUGAUAAAUUGCAAUCAUAUGGGUCCUAAUGUAAGCAGAUGUGUAACUAAAGGUAUUACACAGUCUGAAGGCAAAGAGUUGUGGGACACUAAAACUGAAUUUUAUACAUGAGUUGGCAAACUCAUAACUUUAGUGCAAUUAAUAACCCAACUGUGGUUUGUCUGAUGGUAAAACGUUAAAAAUCAAUCUGGCCAAAGGUAAGCAUCCAGCAGCCAAAUUCUGUCACAUGUUUAUUCUGAGGUAAUUCCAUUACAGCUCAGCAACUCCCAAGUGUGUCGAAAUAUAAGCCAAGUCCUGUCAAUUUCUAUGGUUAAGCAUUGAUAUUUGAGAAACAAAUAUGCCUAAUAUUGAUCUCACCCAGCUGUGUUCCUGAACCAAGUAAGCCAAAAUUCUUGAAUGCAAACCCAAAUGUCGUAUAAGUUAAUUGCUCUGGCUUUGUGGGUCAAACUUACCAUGCUACUUUGAAAAUCUGGGUAUUUUGAAGUAGACUCUGGAACACAUUAUGCAGUAUCGAAGCUUUUUCUAGAACAUGUGGCAAACUGGUAGGAAAUUGCAUUUAAUGGUCCUAAGUUGUAAUGUUGCUUACAAAAUAGCAAAGUGAAGCAAGACAAUGGUAGGGUGUGUGUUUGGACCACCCACCACAGUUCUGUUUUCAGAACUGUGUGGUACUUUUCAAUAUCUAUUUUAUAUGCUCUUCUAGGGCUAGGGGCACAGUCCUCAGUUCUGAACAAAUAUGGAAAAUUUGAACACAUAGCUGUUAUUUUACUUUAACUUCUUGUUGCUGACAUGUUGCAUCAAACAAUCAUCCACUUCUACCUAUUCAAAUGGCAUUUGUCAUUGUUUUGACAGAGCUCUUCAGCGUAUUCAACUUGACACUAAUUCACUCUCUCCACCCUUCACUUGAUUCAUUGGUAUUUCUGUUAUAAGAGGGAGAAAAUGAUGAAGUCUCUUACGUUAAUGUAUCUCUUCAUCUGGGUUUCUUGUAUUUAACAUGCUCUUUUGUCAACACAACUUAAAAGAUUUUUCCCCCACAUAAUGAACAUGCACUUAACAAAGCAAACCCAUCUUUGUUCCCUGUACAAUGUGUAAAGUGUUAAUAAUUUGCUCUAGAAUCUUGCGCAUUUUUGCCUUGUGUAAAUAUUUUUACUAACAAUGUUCUUGCACAAUGUCCACUUUGUUUUUAAAUUAACAGAUGUUAUUUAAGAGGCAGCAUUUAAUAUUUGCAACCACUAAACAAAUCUUUUAUCUUACUAGGCAUAUCCAUGCUGGAUAAACCUGAAUGUCAAUAUUGUUAAAGUCAUUGCUCAGUGGGAAAAAAUAUUGAGCCAAAUAUUUCUAGAUAUUUGAAAUUUUCGAAUAAUGGAACUUGUCAGCAAUGCAGUUUGUACUGUAUUUCAUUUUGAUUGCUGUUAAAUCACCAUCUCCAGGAGACUUCAUUUUGAAUAUGAAUUGUUUACAAUAAACUGGAAUUAUUUCCCCA